AUGUCAUUGCCCGUUCAGGUUACCAGCUACCCCCUAACUGCAAAUACGGCUAUCACCUUGAUCUUGAUCUCUCUCGCCUGGGCUGUCAUAUAUCCUCUCUACAUCUCCUCAUUGAAACAUGUUCCUGGGCCUAAGCUUGGCGCUAUUACCUCCUUAUACAUUAAUCGCCGAUAUUACAACGAAAGUGCCAUCCUGUACAUAAAGUCACUUCACGACAAGUACGGUCAUAUAAUUCGGGUUGGGCCGAACGAAGUAGUGCUGGAUGAUCCAAAGCAGCUAUCGAUCAUCUACGGUGUGCGAUCCACAUUCACAAAGCCCUCCACUGCGGUCCUGUUCGAGAAUUACGGCUUUCCAAAUGUCUUUUCCUCGGUCACGCGAGAACAGCACAGGGACAGAAGGAAGCAAGUUGCGCAUAUCUACACCAUGAACGCUCAUUUAAACAAUGCUUCUCUCAUGAACUUUAUUCGAAAUCGGCUCGAGAAGCUGUUAGAAAUCAUCGAUCGCGGUAAUGAUCGGGUGACAGACGUAUACACUUUAGCGGGAUAUUUCGCGCUGGACAAUGUGUCUUACAUGGUUUACGGAGAGAGCUUGGACUCGAUGGGGGGCCAGAAUCUGCGGGCUGCCGAUGAUAUACGAAACUUGGCGAUUGCUAGCACUCCAUUCGUUCGCUUUGCUUGGCUGUUCACCAAAGCGUCAAGCCUCUGGCCGUGGAAUCUACUCUUGCCGAAGUUUAUAGCGAAGGCUAUCACAAGCAGAGAUUCGUUGGCAGCCAUCAACCAAGAACUAAUCGCCCGCAUGACUAGCUCUGACAGCCGGGUUGAUCCCAAUAAUACUGUUUUAGGGUACAUGCAAUCCCAGCCAGAAUACGGACAAUCAAUUACUAAGGGUCAUGUUCAGAGCGAAUGUUUUGACCACAUUCUAGCAGGCGCCGAUACUACUGCGGCGUCCAUCGCCUACAGUCUUUAUGUUCUUUCCCUUGCAAAGAAUCAGCAGUAUCAGGAACGACUUCGUCAAGAGGUUUCUCAGCUAUCUUGGCCACUUGACUUCAAGGCAGUGGGUCCUGGAAGCCUCCAGCAACGCGUCACUCCAUUGAAGGAAGCGACACAUGUCAAUGUUCAGGGUAUUGUGUAUAAGCUGGCCCCCGGUACUAUCAUUGGUAUACAGGCGUACUCUUUGCAUCGCAAUCAAGAUGUGUUUGGGGCUGCGCCCGAGGAGUUCAAGCCUGGACGCUGGGAAAUAGCAGACGAAGAACGAUUGAAAGCUAUGAAAAAGGCAUGGAUACCGUUCGGCAGUGGUGCUCGAACUUGCCUCGGAUUGAAUCUUGCUAUAAUCGAGCUCAAGGCCGCCCUCGCCGCAGUGUUUCGCCAUUAUAACGUUGAACUGGAUCCGAACACGGAUCCAGAUGGAAUGUCUCCGAUAUUCGCUGCUGUAAUACGUCCGAAGGCAGAAAAGUGCAAUCUCGUCUUCACGAAGAAUCGUCAGCCGACUGCUUAA